UGGGUUUAACAGUGUAAAUUAGAAAACAAUGAAAGGUGUAUCAUAAUAUUCUUUAAUAUGUGUUUUAUAAUUGCGAAUUUGCAAAACUCUUAUUUGAAAGUGGAAUUAAAACAUUCAGUGGUUUAAAAGAAGUAUACUGAUAAUAAUCAGCCGAAUAUUGUGAGUUUAAAACGGGUAAUUAGACAACAUGGCGACUUCGUCUUCGGUGACAAUCGAAUUAUUCUGUUGACAAUAUUUACCUGUAUUGUUUUAUUUCGACUAUUUCUGCGAACAGAAGAAACACGUUUUAAAGAUUGUGUUAACGCCUUUUGUUGACUAUCCAGUUAUUUUAUAAUUUGGUUGGUAUUUGGAUAAACCUUUUACAUAAAAGAUGUAAAAUUGUUUGCAGUGAUUGCAAUGAUAGUUCGGAAAAAACAUUUCGGACAAGGUGUGAAUAUAUUUGGAAACAGUUGCAAUCUUCAAUCUUAAAGUAUGAGGCGAAGUCGAUCAGCGGUUGUUAUCUAUUUAUUGGUUACCUUUUGCAAGGAAUUUAUUUGUCAAGCAGAGAAUGUGUUCCCACCCACAAGCUUCAGUGAGGUCCCGAAUGGGGACAUGUACCAGGCAGAAGGAUCGAACAAAGUGCUCACAUGUAAAACAAGCAGUUUGCCUACGCCCGAGUAUGGUUGGCUGAAGAACGACCAGUACAUCACAAACUUUAGUACAACAGGCUACCAGUUUCGGUUCACCAAUACCAAGCGCAAUGACACGGGUUACUACCGUUGCGAGGCCAGGAACACUUUGGGUGCUUUGCUCAGUGCUCCUGCGGUUGUCACUGUCGCUUAUAUGGAUGACUUUGAAAAUUCCUCUCAUAUCUUCAAUAUGAGCAUAUCAUCGGGACAAGCUAUUGUUCUUCCAAUGCCGCCAGUUAAAAGUGUUCCUUUUCCAAAAUCCAUCUCAUGGACAAGGAAUCAAAUCCCGCUCAGUGUAUACGACACACGGUACCAGAUCUCUAUAGAUGGUGCACUAGUAUUGCUGGAUCAAACCACAACGGACAGCAACAAAAUUUACCAUGUUACGGCCACGAAUACCCACUCUGAUGGUCUUGAAAUGUUAGGACCCCAAUACCGGGUUACUGUUACAGAGUCUGGGUUAACAGCUGUCCCUGCAAGCAUCGUAGUGGGACCGAAGAAUGUAACAGUGGUGCAGGAUGUUGGAGACAGCAUAAAGCUCGAGUGCAUAUGUAAUGCCAGGCCAUUAUCAAGCCUGAUAGUCCGCUGGUUCAGAAUGGUCAACGGAGUGAAGACAGAAGUCAUUGACAGCAUUGACUUUUUGUUGCCUGUUUCGGAGAAAAAUAGAACGUUGACCAUAAAAAACUACAAACCCAGCCACAGCGGACUUUAUAUUUGCGAGGCCAUGCUGCUUGGGGAUGCUACACCUGUCACUGCGAAUGCUACUCUUGAAGUGCAUGUGAGCCCAUCGUUCGUCAACUCUCCGCUCCUGCAGGAGAUCCUCAAAGACUACGGAGAGAGUAUCACUCUGAGCUGCUCAGGACAGGGUAUCCCUACCCCCACCCGGCACUGGUACUUCAACGCCAAGAAGUUAGACUCUGCCAGCUCAAAUGACAGUGCAUACACAAUCCACAGCAAUGGCUCACUAACCAUUAACAAGAUCUUGCUGGACAACGACGGUGUCUACCAGUGUUUCCUUAGGAAUGCAGCCGGUGAGACUUACCGGGUCGUCCGUCUCAAGGUCAACAGCUCACCACCGGAGCUGCUAGAACCACCUAGCAAUGUUACGGUUAUCGAGGGGAACGAGGUGUUACUGAAAUGUCGCACCAGGGGUGCACCAAAGCCUGUCGUAACUUGGACAAAGAAAACCAACCAAGAUGAGCGUCCAGCGGAUGGCCGCAUACUGGACAAUGGUGACCUUCUGAUAGGGUCUGCGCAUCCCAGCCACACAGGCCUCUACUCCUGCAAUGCUUCCAACAGUCAUGGCUUCAUCACAGCCUCUGCCCAGCUCACCGUAUAUGUAAAAACCCAGAUAAUGCUACCACCCCAGGGUGGCAAGUUCAUUCGAGCUUCCACAGUGGAAUUAUUGUGUGGAGUGUCCCACGAUCCUGGUAUUGCAGUCACCUGGCAGUGGGUGUUCAAGGACAAGGUGAACUCAAACAGUGUGGUCAUUGGGUCAGGAGGUCACAUGACCAUAGGUCAGGACGGAAAGCUGACCAUCAACGGCAUACGUCUGGACAACGUGGGCAAUUACACUUGCAAUGUCGUGUCAGCUGGUGGCAAUGAUUCGAAAACGGUGGUGUUGGAAGUUAUAGAAUUACCUAGCCCACCAAUCAUCAACAGUGUCGUUCUUGACUCGGAAGAUGUGAGGGCAGUCAUUGUGCAGUUUAAACCGGAUUAUGAUGGCAACACACCCAUACGGAAUUUUACCAUACAGUACAAAGAAGUUAAAAUAGACGAGACGACGGAGUACUGGCAGACCUCCAGUCCUCAGAUAUUGGCCAGUGCCAGGGUGACCACAGUUAGGGGGCUGCGUCCUGCGCGCAGAUACCAGUUCAGAAUGUUUGCCAUCAACGACGUGGGCGAGGGUGUACCAAGCUCCGCAGAACCGCGCAUACCCAUAGAGAUGCCGCAACAGCCCCCAAGCGCUCCACCCAAAGGAUUCCUGGGACGGACUACAGGGAACCAGUCUAUCACGCUGUUCUGGCAGGCACCUGACGAGGAGUCCCUCAAUGGCAUACUGCUGGGCUACAUCAUACGCUUCAAGCCGUUCGGAUAUACCUGGGAGUUGUCUUCUCAACUGAGGAACGUGUCGCUGUCUCAGAUUAACCCCGGAAAUCCAAGCUUUGAGUUGACUGGAUUGGAGUACUUCUCGAAAUACGACAUUCAGAUCGCUGCGUAUAACGUCAAAGGGACGGGCGUUUAUUCUGGCUCAAUAACGUAUGAAACUUGGGAAGGCCACCCAACCUCAGCGCCACGGCAACUGCAAGCCACGACCCAGAACUCCACUGCUGUCAGACUCACUUGGCUGCCUCCUGAUCGCCAGAACAUCAAUGGCCGUAACCUAGGUUACAAGAUCCUCUACAACAAGAUGGGGGAUGCGAGUAGCAUUCUAUCAUUGACAGUGCCACAUGAUGCUUUGAAUCCUAUUGGAAAUCAGUCGACUACACUGGCUGGGUUGUUCAAGUACACUGAGUACACGAUACGAGCGCUGUGUUUCACAGGGGGCGGAGACGGUGUGAUUAGUGGAUCUGUCACAGUUAGGACAGACGAGGAUGUUCCCUCCAAGGUUGGCUCCCUUACGGUGACUAACAUCACAGAUACUUCCAUGACAGUUAAUUGGACACCACCUCAAGAAGUCAAUGGAGUGCUUGUCGGUUACACUUUGAUGUACGAGGAAAAGGGAGUCAGCAGUACAAGAAUCAGUGUGAACAGGAGCGCCAUUGAGAAUCAGUACAAGAUUACCAGCCUGCGCCCAACAACAAAGUACACAAUAUAUCUGUAUGCGUCAACGCAGAAAGGGGCUGGCCCCUCCACGACUGCAGACGUUGAGUCAGGGGUGGAACCAGUGUUACCCACAGCACCAUACAACCUCGGGGUGUCUAAUAUUAGAGAAAGGUCAGUGUUGCUACAAUUCUGGCCUGGAUUCGAUGGGAAAACUUCCAUCUCCCUGUGGAUUGUGGAGGCUGCGCAAGGGCAAGAUGCCACUGAUUUCCAAGAAAUUUUCUCAAUACACGAUCCAGACGCGAGAUCCCUGCAGGUGACCAAUCUUAAACCCUACACAUACUAUCAACUGCGCAUCAUUGCUGUGAACAUUGUUGGGCGCAGUCAGCCAAGCAAUGCGUCCCGACAGUUUCAGACCAUGCAGGCGGCCCCUAACAUACCCCCAGGAAAUCUCACAGUGAGGACCCUGAACGCCACCGCUCUUAGAAUAAGCUGGACGCCACUGAGUCAAAGUGACUGGAACGGGGAACCAAAAGGCUACAAGAUCUCCUACAGACGUAAGAUGGUCCCGACGUGGACCAACGUCACUCUUGCCAACGGUGUUAACAUGAACAGCUUCAUAUUGGCCUAUCUCCAGGAAUGGAUGGAGUACGAGGUGAAGAUACUGGCUUACAAUGACGUCGGAGACAGCUCUUUCAGUGCCGUGGUGUUGGAGCGGACUCGUGAAUCUGUUCCCUCGGUGGGGCCAGUAAAUGUCAGCGCCACCGCCCUGACAGCGACCAGCAUAGAGGUCACCUGGGGUCAAGUACCAGAACUGGAGCAGAAUGGACUCAUCCAGGGAUAUAUGGUCGAAUACAGGUCUAUAGAGGCCAAUAUUUUGCCCAUGCAGAAGGAAGUGCUCGGUAACACAACUAACAGCACCAUCAUUUCCAGCCUGCGCAAGUUUGUAAAGUAUCAGGUCCGUGUGCUUGCCUUCACACGUAUGGGACCUGGGGUGCUGAGUGAACCAGAAGUGGCUGUGCAGACCUUAGAAGAUGUGCCUGGCCCACCAAGAAUUAUCUGGUUCCCGUUUGUGUCCUUCAAUAAUGCGACCAUAGAAUGGGAGGAACCAGAAGAACCUAAUGGCAUCAUUCUUGCAUACCUGGUCUCGUGGCGAGUGUCCGGAAGUUCAGACCCGCUGAAGAACGUGACAGUGGGUGCUUCAGAGCGCAAGUUGACGGCAGAGAACCUUCAGACACAGGCUUACUAUGAGUUCUAUGUGACCGGUCAGACCGUCAAGGGUUGGGGAGAGAGGGCCAUGGUGGAGGUGUUUACAAUGAGCAACCGCAGCCCUCCUCAGAGCCCCAGCAAGCCGGAUAUCCAGGCCUCGUCCGUUCUUGCCCGCUCAGUCACGAUCAGCUGGACUCCCGGGCACGCCAAUGGCUACGGACCUAUCCGCAAUUUCACGGUACUGUAUCGGAGCAUGCCGAGUGGAAUCUGGACCAGCGUCCCUGGAACAAUCCUGCAUACGAAGACCACCUACAAUGUGAAGGGGCUGAAUCCAAAUACAAAUUACGUGUUCCAAGUUGCAGCCACAAAUGACGUGGGACGCAGUCCAUUCAGUCAGCAGUCAGACGAAGUCAAGACAUUAGAAGAUGCUCCGGAAGGUGCACCCCGUUAUGUGAAGGUUGAUCGUUUGAACACCACGUCUGUCAGAGUCUCAUGGGAGCAACCGUUACCAAGCACCUGGAACGGCCAGCUGCUGGGCUACUACCUGCUGUAUCGCCAGGUGGAGAACACCAACUACCAGGAGGUGCACAUCCCCCUGGCACAGACCAGUAGGGAACUCGUGGGCCUCGAGAAGUUUGUCAACUAUGAGUUCCAGGUCCAAGUCUACAAUGGGAUCAGCCGCGGUCCGUCUAGCACCCCUGUGGUUGUGUAUGUGGGAGAGGCCGCUCCGUCUGCACCACCAGUGAAUGUCAUUGCUAUGGCAACCAACUCGACGGAUAUGAGCAUCACCUGGCAACCCCCGCCCAAGGAGACACAGAAUGGGGAUCUGUCAGGGUAUCAGAUUGCCUAUUGGUUCAAGGACUCGCCCCCAGAGUCUGCCAAGGUCAAGGUUGUUCAGGCAACCAAGCUCAGCCACUCUCUGGAGGGACUCGCCAUCUAUACAGACUACGCCAUCACAGUACGUGCACUGAACCUCGCUGGCGAGGGACCUCCCAGCACACCUGUGUAUGCCAAGACCAAGGAGGGAUUACCAGAUCGUCCGGCCCGUCUGGAGUUCUGGAAUGUGACCUUUACAUCUCUGGAUGUACAGUGGUCACCCCCUGCCACACCCAAUGGGAAGAUUCUCAACUAUGAGAUUGCAUACAUAGAAGAAAACCCAUUCAGUGGUAGCAAGCAGGUGAAGUUCAACGUAUCAGGCGACGUGACGUCUCUGUCCAUUACUGAUCUACUCGACAAAGUCCAGUACACGUUCAGCAUCGUAGCUCGCACAAUUGUCGGCCCAGGGCAAAGCUUCGUGAAAAGCAUAAAAAUUGGACCACAAGAAGGGAGCCCAGACAGGCCUAUGUCCUUGACCCACAAUAUUGUGGGCUCUGAGCUGACCCUGGAAUGGGUAGACGGGCUACCCGGUUACUCCCCCAUCUACGGGCACCUCAUACAGGUCAACUCCACAGGAUGUUGCCAUGAUGGUUUGUUUAGAGAAUCCCGGGAGUGGCAGACAGUGUCCCAGGUGGGUUCUGAGCCUAAGGCCAAGUUGAACCUGCUGCAGUUCACGCCAGACCGAGAAUACCAGGUCAGAGUAGUGGCCCUUAAUUCCAAGGGCAUGAGUCCCCCGAGUGAGGCAGCCGUGUCCUUCAGGACCCCUGCACCACAAAAACCAGUGGUGGCAUCUGCCAAGGCAUUCCACGACCAGUGGUGGUUCCUGGUGAUUGUUGCCAUGGCAGGCCUCAUCAUCAUCCUGGUCAUCAUAGCACUGCUCUGUCUCAUAUCACGCAGGAACAAGGCCCGCAAGUCAUCUAUGCAGAAGACAUUCACGGGGGCAACCUCUACCUCAAACCUCGCCCCCGCUGCAUCAGAGCCAGAGGAGGGCGGUUUCAACAACUUUGAAAUGAACCGACAAUCAACAGCCUCCCGCAGGCAAAAGUAUGCGGGCAUUCGACCGAAUGGGGCUGUCAAUACCAUAUAUUCCAGGGCUCCACCGCGCCCAAGCCCUGCCAGUGUGAGUUACGACAGUGACAAUGACACAGCAUCAGCAGUGAAACCACCACUACCUGAUGAUGAUGACGAUGAUGAUAGCAGCUGCAGUGAGAAACCCUCAAAUCUCGGGGAUUCUGCAACUGAGGCAAGCGAUGAGGCAAGUGAUGAUGACAGUGACAGUCUCGACAAUCUUCCACUACCACCACCACCAGCCAGCCCACCACCACCACCCUUUUCUUCCUUGAGCAACAUUAACUACACGGGUCAUCUGGGACACCAUUCGAGUAACCUGGGAAACCAUUCGGGCAACCCACGCGGGCAGCCGGGCCUUACGGGUCACAGGCCGAACCUGUCUCUCACCCCGUACGGUGCGACGGGUGGUGCAGUUGGUGGUGUUAACAAUCACAAUCAAAACAGGUGGCCAAAUCAGAACGAGAAUUCGUCGUUCAAUGCAUAUCAGUACACUGACAGUGAAGCGGAAAGUAGUCAUUAUGCAUAUAGUCUCAAUGGGGGACAGAUCAUGUUGAACAAUACAGCAGGGUCCCGGGCACCACUUCCGGGUUUUUCAUCAUUUGUAUGAUGAAAAAAACAAUCUUGAGGUUGAUUUUGUUUCGAAAUUUGUGCCGUUCAUUGACAUUAUUUACUAUAUGGACUGGCAUUUAUUUGUGAGCUAUUAUGCAGGAGCCUAGCUUCAACUUUAUAUUACAGUGUGAACAAUAUGUUAUGUUAAUUUGCGUGUGAGAAAAGCCAAAACACUGACAAAUUUAAUAAUGCAUGUUAGAAUUGAAUAGAAAUGGUGUGUUCGAUUGGGACCAGAAUUAUUAAGCUAUUUUGCUACGUACAAAUAUGUUGUCAGGAAAAUUUUAGCCUUUUCCACUCAGAAGCAAAGUGAAAAUGGCUAUGCAGGGUUCCCAGCCAACCUGGAAAUCAGGGAAAACCUGGAAAAAGACUCACUUUUUUCAGUCAGGGAAAAGUCAGGAAAUAAGGGAAAAGUUCCUGAAUUCAGUUAAAAAUCAGGGAAUUUUGUUUGGUAAAUUAAAACAGCAAAUUAAUUCCUCUUCGUGGCUAUGGUGGCUUUGUAGUAUACAUGUAGCUUAGUUAUGUCUGCAAUUGCUAUUUAUUGAGGGUGUUUAAAACAAGAAAUAGGUCGAAAUAAUGAUCCUGGAAUUUUUAUUUUCCAUCAGGAAAAAAUCAGGGAAUAAUCAUGGAAUUUUGUUCAUACAAAAAGCUGGGAACCUUGCUAUGUGCAAACAGCAUAAAACCAGAACAGCCUGCAAGUAACUCGCAGUCUGUUCAGGUUUUAUGUUGUUUGCUGCUCAUCAGUAUCAAAGGGUUGGAAAUAAGGCCUUUAUAACUUGAAUCUAGAAAGAAGGGUCUUUAAUUAAAUUUAACCUUCUUAGGGACUUCAAAUGCGUCAACAUACGUAUUUAAAGGGUUAAAUAAAAUAACACAACAUCUCAUCAGCUGAGGAGCCAUUAGUGGCACACUAGAAAAUUAAGGUCAAGUUACGAUGCCAUUGAAGAAAUUUGUGUUCAGUUUUGACAUAAGUGCCUCGUGUAGUGUUGAAAUUUAAAAAGUGACUGCUAUGAUAAUGAAACAUGAAGCCGUGUCUGGUAGCCUAUGCAAAACAGUUUGUAUACAAGCUGAAUCUAGUGCAUAAUGUGAUAUACUGCACAGAAUUCAACACAUACUUCCAGGGUCCCCAUUCUCCAACCCAUUGCUAGACUUUAGACUGAGAAUAAAGAACAUUCUUUAAAUUGAAAUAUUCGAGAAUUUCUUUACUUUGGAGUCGAACUUGGAAUUAACCACCUCUAUCUAAAUCAUUAUUCAUGAAGAACAUUUUGAUAAUUACAUAAUCACCAUUGGUAGCCUGUCUAUAUUCACUCGUUGUACGUAUUUUUCUUGAUUCUAAUUCUAUUCCCUAUUCUUAAGGCUAAGAAUGGGUGGUUGAAUACGGACCAAUAUAUAUUAUUCAGGUAACAUAGAGGACUUGCAUCUCAUGUGCAGAAAUAUAAACAUGAGAUUUACAAACAGGGGAUGAAUUUCUUUCAAUAUGUUAAGUACCUGUAGUUUAAGUAGGUAUUUAUAAAACAAUACAAGUAUUUCUUAGAAUUAAGUACAAAUACGGAGAAAUUGGAUGUUCUGAAGUUGGGUUUUAAAACAUGUUUUAUUAAUGUUUACUUACUACUAAUAAUUUUAGUAAACCAAUGUAGACAAUUAAAUAAAUCAAUAAACAAAUUUAUUAUCAAUUUUAAAGAUUUUUUUCUUUAUAAUUUUCUUUUUUAAAUAUUCCCUAUCUCCUUUAUUAACACACCAUCACUGUGUUUUAUCUUUAUUUUAUCUUGUAAUCCAACAGAUUGAUUAUGUAUUCACAGGUUUUUUUUCACUUCUAAGUGUGCACUAAUUGAGUUGUAUACAUAUUUGAUUAUGUCUGCAAUAUAUCAGCCUUGUUUUGAGAAAACUAGGCUUAAUGCAUGUCCGUAAAGUGUCGUCCCAGAUUAGCCUGUGCAGUCCGCACAGGCUAAUCAGGGAUGACACUUCGCCUUAACUUGUUUAUCGGUUAGGAGGGACUUCCUUGAAACUAAAAAUACCAUAAAAGCGGAAAGUGUCGUCCCUGAUUAGCCUGUGCGGACUGCACAGCCUAAUCUGGGACGACACUUUACGCACAAGCAUUAUGCCCAGUUUUCUCGCGGCUCAUAUCAUGAAUGUUUUUAGUCAAAUCAGCUGCAUGUUAUAUACAUAGUUUAGAAUAUUUUUAUAUUCAGAUUUGUUGUAAAUUUGCAUGUACAUUUAUAAAAGUCUUUAAGAUUGUUACUCUUUUGAUCAUUCAUUGACUGUUAUCUUUUGUAUGAAUACAGUGAAGGUGAAUAAAGUGUGUUUUAGGUUUUUCUCCUACAGAAACCAAUUAUCUGUUAUAAUUAUAUAUUUAUAAAAAUGUUGAUGAUUGUUUUUAUUUUGAUUUUGCUAGUAUCCCAUUUAAAUUUGAGUAAUAUGUACCAAGUUUUUAUGUAAUUUUUAUGCCCCCCUUCGAAGAAGAGGGGGUAUAUUGUUUUGCACAUGACGGUAGGUUGGUAUGUCGGUAGGUCAGUCCGUCCACCAGAUGGUUUCUGGAUGAUAACUCAAGAAUGCUUAGGCCUAGGAUCAUGCAACUUCAUAGGUACAUUGCUGGCAGAUGACCCCUAUUGAUUUUGAGGUCACUAGGUCAAAGGUCAAGGUCACAGUGACUCGAAAUAGUAAAAUGGUUUCCGGAUGAUAACUCAAGAACGCUUACGCCUAGGAUCAUGAAACUUCAUAGGUACAUUGAUCAUGACUCGCAGAUGACCCCUAUUGAUUUUCAGGUCACUAGGUCAAAGGUCAAGGUGACUCGACACAGUGAAAUGGUUUCUGGAUGAUAACUCAAGAAAGCUUAUGCCUAGGAUCAUCAAACUUCAUAGGUACAUUGAUCAUGACUGGCAGGUGACCCCUAUCAAUUCUCAGGUCACAAGGUCAAAGGUCAAGGUCACAGUGCCAAAUAACGUAUUCACACAAUGGCUGCCACUACAACUGACAGCCCAUAUGGGGGCAUGCAUGUUUUACAAACAGCCCUUGUUAAAAAAGUAUUUAAAUUAUGUUUUCUUAUGGUAUUUUAAAAGAGUACCAUUUCCUUAGAUAAUAUGCAUCCAUCCAUAUAAGAUGAUGUGCCAAACAGAAUUGACAAACACCGACACCAUCAAGUAAUGAUAUACCUGUGCAUGCUUAAUCUCUGAAAGCUCGGCAAGUGCAUUUUUGCUGUCUGUAUAUCUCAGAUAUAAUCUGUCAUAUUGUACAUAACUUAUAGAUUUAAUCUAAAAUGAUCCCUAUCUUGCAAAACUGGUUCUAAUGCCAUAUGUGGCCAGUCUGGUGAGGAGCUAUGAUGUCCGCUAUUAACCCUUUCAGCGCUGGAACCGGAUUUUGAAGACCUUUGCAAACAGCUUGGAUCCAGAUGAGACGCCACAAAGCGUGGCGUCUCAUCAGGAUCGAAACUGUUUGCUAUCCUGAUAGUGGUCUUAGAAAAAAAAUCGAAGAAAAUGCUAAUUUAAGAAAAUCAGCAGACAACAUUUUAGCAGACAACAAAUUUCCCAGCAUGCAAAGGGUUAAGUAAUGCAAGGUUUUGUGCUGUCAUUAGCAGACAGGGUAGCCCUGACCAGAGUUCACAAUUGAGCAUGCUGGUCUGGAGCUUUGCUGCCCCGAUAUGGCAUAAGAACCAUUUUUGCAUGAUGUUGUUCGAACUUAAGCAUAAUGAGAGGAUUGUCUGUCUUCAUUUGAGAACAAAAUGAAAGUGUAAAUAAAUUAGCUGGCUAAAUAAGAUAUGAACAAAUGAUGAUUCUAUAUGAUAAAAAUGCGAGUAAGACCAAAAUGAAUUGUUAAACACGGCUGACUUAAUAAUUAUAGUUAAAUGUAAUUGAUACAAACAAUACUGGGUGUUACAAUUUGACCUAGAAAUACAUAUAUAAUGAACAGUUUUUUCAGCCUAUUAUUCAUUGCCAAAUACGAUAUUUAUUUUAAUGCUAAAUUUUUGUUUACAUAAUAGUUAUAAACAUAAAAUACAUUGAAUUUAUAUUUGCAUGUAUUGUCAGUUUCAUGAGCUCACAAAAACACAAAGUGAUCAUGGUGAGCUAUUGUGGUGGUCACCCUUUGUCCACCAUCAUGUAUCAGGUGUCAUCAACUUUAACCCUUUCCCGAUCAAAGGCAAAGUGAAGAUGGCUGUAUGCAAAAAGCAUCAAACCAGAACAGCCUGCGAGUAACUCGCAGUCUGUUCAGGUUUUAUGCUGUUUGCUGCUCAUCAGUAUCUAAGGGUUGGUAAUGAAGCCUUUAAAACUUGAAUCUAGUAAGAAAGGUCUUUUAUUAAAUAUUCAUUUUAAGGGACUACAAACACAUCAAAAUAAGUAUCUAAGUGGUAAACUGUUAAGCUUUUCUUCACUCUAGAGAGGGCAUUCUUCAUCCAAUCUUUUCUUCACUCUAGAGAGGGCAUUCUUCACUCUAGAGAGCGCAUUCUUCACUCUAGAGAGGGCAUUCUUCAUCCAAUCUUUUCUUCACUCUAGAGAGGGCAUUCACUCUAGAGAGGGCAUUUUUCAUCCAAUCUUUUCUUCACUCUAGAGAGCGCAUUCUUCAUCCAAUCUUUUCUUCACUCUAGAGAGCGCAUUCUUCACUCUAGAGAGUGCAUUCUUCAUCCAAUCUUUUAUUCACUCUAGAGAGCGCAUUCUUCAUCCAAUCUUUUCUUCACUCUAGAGGGCGCAUUCUUCAUCCAUUCUUGAUGAAACUCGGUCAAAAUGAAUAUUUUAACAAUAUAGGCUCAGUUUGAAUCUGGGUCACAAGCUUCCAAUAACUAGGUCAACAGGUCAAUUUUGUGAACUCAGGUGAGUUCUUAAGGGCCAUUGUAGUGGCAACACUGUACUAAUAAUGAAGUGAUUUUUUAAAUUAAAUGUUUUGUCUUUUACAUGAAAAGGUCUUUAAAUGUUUUCAUAUUUAUUUUACUAUCAAAGAAACUAUGUAUGGGACUUGUUGUAUAGACUCAAGUAUAUUUUAGGAUUGAGAUCUUAUGUGCCGUAAUAGUAAAAAUAGGAGUUAAACUCAACAUGUUACUCUUCAAUUAUAUACAAGGUUGUGAAUAGUUUUAACAUAAGUUUUAAUUAAUACAGUAUUAUACAAAUUUGUAUGUUGUCAGUUUGUAGUAAUUGUUCCUUGCCUGAAACAUAUCCUCUAGUAAACAUUCCACAUUUUUUUCAGGUUCUUGUAAUGUAUUUGAAGUGCUAUUGACAUAUCAUUUCAAUAUUAACAUAUCCUUGAUUGUUGGUUUCUGCUAUAUUUCAUGGUGCACACUUUUGUUGGGAAACAACAAUAUUUCUUAUUUAGGGAAAAAUAUUGUAAGAAACUUAAUUAAGAAAAGUAAACCCCCUCUUAAGGCCUUAUGACAUAAUUGUGACCAUUUUGGCAGCCCAAAAUUGUAUAUAAGCUGUAUUGUGCGAAAAUGGGUCUAAUGCAAUAUGAGUUAAGAUUAGCUUUAGAUCAGCCUGUGUAUUCCCACAGUCUAAUCAGGAGCUUCUCCGUUGGCCAUAAAGAUAUGCAAUUCUGUGGUCUCAUUAGUGUACAGCAUAGCUUCUGAGCUAAAUUUUGCCGCAUAUGACAGAAGACCCAUCUUUGUAUGAGGCUGCACAUAAUUAUGACCAAACCUUAAGCCCCAAAUUGUAUAUGGACCACAGCCUAACACAUUGUUUAAAGCUACAAAGUUUAGACUAAACUAAACUUGUCACAAGAUCACUUUUAUGAAACAUGCACACACACAAUUUUACUGUCUUUAGAACAUGUUUUAGUUACCAUAAUGUUUCAACAUGCUGUGUAAUGCAUGUGUUCCUUUUUGUGUACAAAUUAUUAUUUUUUAUUUUGUAGUUAGCGAGAAGUUGUGGGAACAGUCUGUGAUGUGAUCAUGAUAAUUAAAUGUAUUUCACCUUCUCAAAUGUAUAUUUUGAAAAUAAAAUGCAUCCAUAAUACACCAUAUUAGAUUUUUUACAUGUAGAUCAUGUCUUUGUCAUAUUAAUCGAAUAAAACCUUAUUUGAGCAGGAA